UCGACGGAAAGUUCUGUGUUUGCCGUAAAGGUGCAGCGCUUUACCAAGCUUUCAGCAAAGGCGAAAAAUGCAGUCGAUGAUCGAUAGUUUGACUCGACCUAACCGCACAUCUGUAAAUCUGUAAGAUAUGCCUGGGAACAGUGUGGGGAACUCCCGGCAAGCCAAUAUCUAUAGCCAGAAUAACAAGCCAAUGAGGGACAAUCAACAGAGGCCAUCAAGUGUUUCCAAAGAAAGUGACAUGUGCCUGGAGGUUUUGGGUGAUGUGACUCCUGAUCUGAAUCAACCCAAAAAAUCAAAAGCUGCCAAAGUCAGAAAGUACUAUCAAAGUAAUGCCAACGGGAGGCAGUCGGAGACUCUUGACUUUCUUCCUGGAUCUGCUGAAAGUCCUCCAUCUUCUGGUUCAUGUGGGCCUUGCAAUACAUUUUCAUGGGAACGGUGCAAAGAACUCCUAUGCAUUGUAGUAACCUGUGGUCACUACAAAACUGAGCACGACAUCUGUAUACCAUGUACAUCCAGCUCUGAAACUUCAACAGAUGACAAAAUUCAUGAAUCUAAAGCCAAUGGAGUAGCAUUGAUUAAUCAACGAACUACACUGAGAACUGAAAAUAAGCCUUCAAAAAACCCUAGUUUUAAUUACCCAGAUUUAAAACUUUAUGGAAAGCCUUUGAACCUUGAGAGUGUUGGUAGCCACAAACCAAGCACAUCUUGCACAAAUUCAUUAAAAUCACUUUCUAGAAGUGAGAGUAUGGAGAAGCCAUCAGGUCCUCUCAGCAAGAUUUCAGACUAUUCUUUUGAAGACCUAGAUCAGGGUAUAGACGAACUCAACACUUCAGGCACAGAUAUAAACUCAUUGAUUAACAAGAAAUUGUUGGAGCUCUUUACUUCGCAUCAAAUAGACCAGCUUGCAAAAUGCACAUCAGAUUCAGCCUUUUUUAAGAAAACAAGUGAGAUUGCUGAGCUUAUCAAUCACAUUAUGCAUAAUUACAAUCUUGAUGAACAGGAUGCAGAAUGUCGUUUGGUACAUGGCGUUAUACGCAUUAGCACCAGGAAGCCCAAGAAAAUCAAAUCCCCUGAAAAUCGGUCUGACAAUGACUCGCGUUAUGUAAGCUCCAUUAGGAACAACGAUGACAAAAGGGAAAGUGGCAAGAGGGAUAAUGGAAGUUAUCCUCCUGACAGUGGCAAUGAAACAAUGAUAGACACUUCUGGUAUCAGUCAAGAUAGUAAAGGACUUGAUAUACAGAUAUCAGAGGAAACAAGCUCGGAUAAACGUGCUCGAGAUCUGGUUUGCCAGAGCCUGUUGGCUUCUCCUUCAAGAUCAUCUGCUGAAAAUUAUAGCCCACUUCCUGAGACUGAAACAGACUCUUCUGGCGCUCCUCUACUUUCACCACUUGCUCGAACGUGACCUUCUCAGGGGACUGACACAGUGCCAUGAACCACAUAGAGAUCCUAACCUUCCUACUCCAUGUUAGAAAGCAGGCCUUAUGGCAGACAGAGUUCAUGACAAAUAAACUUGCUCUUCUGUCUGUAUCUUCCCCAUGCUUUUUUAACUGCUGAGUUUCUUAUUGAAUAUAAGAUUAAAAAAAUGUUUGGCCUACCUAACAGGACAGCAGAAGCUAACAUGCCUAUCUCACAUCUAGUCUUAUGCCACUGAAACGAGCAUGUGGUGAAGCCCUUUGGAGAUGGACUAGAACUCUUUUAUUUGGAAAACUUGCUUUCCUGGACAUGGUCAGAGGAGGUUUGCAAUCUGAACGAUAUUUUUUUUCAUUCAAUAGUCCACAAUGCCCAGAAGUUUGCCUGAGCAACUAAUGAUGGUUGACUUUUGUCUCUUGCAUAAACACCCAGAUGCUAAGACCAGCUUAGUGUUCCUUUAUGUUUUCACUGAUUUUUAACCUGCAAGCACACAGACUUUGGAUGAUGUUUUACUACACUCUGUUUUCUGCAUGAUUAUAACACGUGAAACCACUGAAUUGGAAAGAAUUGUACUUUAGAGAGAAUGUAAAAUGUUUUUGUUUUUUUUUCCCCCCAAUUGUAUUAUCUCAUUUAUCACGUUGGAGUAACUGGAGAAAACUGGAUUUGAGGAGAGCAGGUUAUUGAACUGUGAUAUUUUUGUAUGGCUUGUCAAGUUUGUAUUUUUAGAAUAAUAUAGCAGGUGACUUAUUUAGCUCUUUCUGCAUUAGACAGCCUGUGCAGUUGUUGACGGGCUAUAUAGUACAGUACUUUACAAAAAGCUAGUUACAAAGCUAGUGUUGGCUGUUAUUUUUUAUUUGUAUUUGUUAAAUAUCAAAAAUAAUGUAUAAUUCUAAGUGCUUUUUAAUUCCCACCAUGCCGUGUUUGUCUGUAUUAUACAGCUGUAUAUAAUUAGAAACAAAUUAUAUUUUGGAUGACUUAUAAUUAAAGUUUUGUAUACUACUGAAAAAUGUCCCCUGCCUAAAACUUCAGACACUAUCUGAUCAUUAAAGUGCAGAAAAUAUCAAAUCGUUUAGGGAACAAUGAAAACAAGCCUAAUCAUAAUUUGUUUUAUGAUUGCAGCGCCAAUCAUUGUUUAGUGAGUAAAUCAAACUUUUAAUAUAUUUUGUAUCAAAGAAUUUUAAAAUAUGUAAAGAACAAGUUACUAUACACGUGUGCAGGUAUUCUUCCUUUACAAUCUCUACAGUAUCAGAGUUGCAGCAGUAAACAGUCUACUAGAGUGCAGGAUUUGACAAAACAGUCAUCAGUGGGUGUUACCAUAUGGCCUUAUUGCUUCAUCUAAGAAAUCAAAAUCCUUUUAUUCUCAGCUGUUACUUGACAAGUAAAAGUGGUCAUCGAUUUUCUGCACCUGCUGUAACACCCCAUAGGAAACAAUGACAAAACUGAUAGAAAAGUGGAGUGUGGAGAAAUUAAAGAGGAGGAUGAUGUCCACUUACUGGUUCAUUUUUGUUUCUUGUGCAUUGUUAGUAAGUUUUACACAAGUCCUCAAGAAUGCUGAAGCAGACUUUCUUUUACAUUCAUGAAGGCAGACUUGAAACAAUAGUAUUCUUCAACUUCCUUAAUCCAGGGAACCAACCAGUAAAAUUCCUGUGGCUCUGAAUACGCUUCUGGCCCCUGCAGCACCUGCAUGCUCUCCUUUGGACGAAAGUCCCGUUUCUUCAGAAGCAGUGUGAAAUGAAAAAAAGUUGUUUGUCUGGUUUGGAAAGGAGAGUGAACAACCUUUUUUAUCUCUCUGACAAAAUGUGACCAUUAAUAAAAUGAAAGUAGGAA